AUGUCGACCACCAGUGUGACUAUUGAUGCCUAUGCUAUCCUGGGAGUUGAGCGGGAUGCCAAGCUCUCUGACAUCAAUAUUGCCUACAAGCGCCUUGCCUUAAAGCUCCAUCCAGACAAGGCUGGAAAUGCCCCAGCAACCAUUGAGCGAUUCAGAAAAAUCCAAGAUGCUGUUGAGGUUCUCCGUGACGAAGACCGUCGGCGCUUGCUUGACGAGGUCCUGAAAAAGAAAGCCAAGAGACAUCUAGAUUCUGAGGAUGACACACAAGCUUGCACCUACAAGCGCACCUACAAUCGCCCUUCAAAGCGAGAACGCCAUGGAAAUGAUUUUCACUGGCCGGGCUCAUUUACCGAGUCAGCAUCUACACACAAGCCGAGACAUCAACGCCAGCACACCUAUAGCUACUACUACAGUUAUGGAACAAGUGUACACAUGGACCCUGAUUCGGCCGAUUCCAAAGAAAGACGCGCGCAAUUCCAGGCAGACAAUGUCCAGUGGGAGAACGAAUGGGCUGGUAUUGACCCAGAAGUGCAAAAGGCACGAGCAGAGCUCCGCAAGGAAAACAUGCGGGCUCGAAUGAAGCGUGACCUAGCAGAGUUGACCAGAGACCAAGACCAAGAUGCCAAAUAUGCCGAUAUGGUUGAUCAGGUUGUUGAAGGAGUUCUGGACGAACUCAACUUUGGCCAUGACCUCAAGUUUGAAGACUUUGUGCAUGUCCUACCUGAAGAGAAUAUCAAGACCUGCAACCCUGCCGACACAUUUGAUGAAUUUGCCUAUGAAUAUGCCAAAAAUUGCCGUUCCGAUUCCGAGGGUCCAGCUUACUCUGAUUGCGCUUCAAGUCCUCCGUCUGCUGCUAGCAAUGAUUCGUCCUUUGACUUUUCAUCAAGUAGCAACUCCACAGACUACACUCAUUCAGCAAACAACUGUUCAAAUUUCAAGUCCGCCACCGUUGAGGAUUACGAAUCCACCACCGACGACUCCAACUCUGAAGCUGACAAACUGAUCAACUCCUACAUGGUGGGCCAUGAUUCGUUGCUCCCUCUAGUCUCAUUCCUCAAGCAAAAGCUCGCAGACCCUCAUGGACGCUACACCCUCAAUGAUCUCGGUGGCGAGCUCAACGGCAUUAUGCUGGAGAUCUAUUGUGGCUGGUUGGAAGAAGUUCGUCUUUCCGUCCCAAAUGCCUCGCCUAUUACAGUUCGAAAUGAUUCCAAGAUUUGCCCCCACCUUGGUUUAUGGUACAAGGAUUUCUGUCGUCCCGUGUGCAAUGUUUGCAAUUUGUGGAUGCCUUCAUUCAUCCUAACCUGUCCUGGCUGUGGUAUGAAAGCCUGUGUCAGAUGUAAGUUCACGGGUGGUUGUGACUCUCUCUUGGGAUCUGUGCAGGAGCAGUGA